AUGUCUACCGCAUCCCGCAUCGACGACCGGCUCGUCAACAUCAUCGCUCAGACCGGACUACCUACUUUUGAAGACGCUUGCAUGCAUUCCCGAUCUUGCAAGAUAUGUCGGGUGAUCGACCAUGUCACGGUUGUCUGCCUCGAGAGGGAGCGCUUUGGGUGGUUAUUUGACUACUGUCCGAUGUUCGACUUGACUGGGUGCCGCAUGAAGCCCAGCAAAAUCCAGGCGAGCGAGGAAGACCUAGGCUCAAUGAUGGAAUACGCGUACAAGUUGGGUAGCCCUCCCAGGUUUGGCGGGUGGGUUCUUAUGGGCGCGAUCUACGACUUCUACGGCGUCAUGUGUCCGCGGCCUCUGAUAGAUAUGUGGCCGGAGAGUACCGCAUCGGCGCAAGGGAGGACGGCGCUGGUUGAGGCAAUGGUUUACGUUCAGAACGGCUAUACGCCUGUCUCUGUUCCGCUCAUCGGCGAGGUCAACGCGACGGGCUCGGAGAUCGUGAUACCGGGACCGUCUGAGCAACCGAUGCUCGCUCAAAUGUUCCCGAAGCUGAACGCAUUCAAGCCACGGGAGUUCCCAACGUACGCUGAGAUGCUCGAGCCACGAGUAACGACCUUCGACCGUUACAACGCGUCGACGCAGACGUUUGAGCCGUCGCGUCUGCACCAGACGUUUCCGAUCCGCCUCCCCCUCCCCCUGGACAACAUCCUCGUCCUCAAAGAUUCGACGGUGCGGCUUACGCUGUAUUCCCAGAACUACGCCACGGGGGAACAGCCCGUUCAUCCGAUGUGCUCGAUGAAGUAUAACUUCAUCGAGCUGAAUUGGAUCUGGCCUGUAGGCCUGGGGAAGCGUCGCGAGAUCAUGGAGGCUAAAUGGGCCGUGGUGACGAGAGAGGCUCCGAUGGGCAUAGGGGCAGAGCGGGCGCGAGUGGGGGAAGUGGGCUGUGUUGUGAGGACGGCGGCGGAAGGGAGGGAGGGCCGCUUCAGCAUAGAUAGAGCGUAG